CUGAAUUAUAAAGUCGUGUUUCUUUAAGCUGUGAUUUUAAAUUUCAUGAAGCGUCAUUCGAUUUUGUUAAUACAUUGAUUUAAAAAUGAUCAUUUUGACAGUGUUUCUGCUGGGUUUUACAUUAGUUAAUUGUAACGUUGUGAAUCCGACAGAAGAUGAGUUGAUAUUUACGCAACUUAUAUUCCGGCAUGGAUCACGAACGAUUCUAAGAACGUACGAAAAUGAUCCAUACAAGGAUGCUAAACAUUGGCCGGAAGGUUUCGGACAGCUUACAAACUUGGGCAAGCAACAGAUGUAUGAACUGGGAAAAUAUUUCCGCCGAAGAUAUGAAAACCUCCUCGGCGAUGGAUCUUAUCACCCUGAUAAGGUGUUUGUACUAUCAUCUGCCCGUGAUCGAACCAUGAACAGUGCGUCGUUGGUGUUGAGUGGUUUAUUUCCGCCGCAAAAUAAUCAAAUUUGGAAUGAAGAUUUGCUUUGGCAACCAAUUCCUGUCAAUACUAUACCAAAUGAUGAAGACUAUUUGCUCAUUGCCGAAGGAGGUUGUGAGAGACAUCAAAAAUUGCUAAACGAAUAUCAACAAACGGAUGAAUUCAAAGCAUUAAUCGAAAAACAUCGUGAUUUAUUCGAAUAUUUGGAAAAACAUGCAGGCCAACCCAUUCGAAACAUCCAACAGUUAAAAGAUCUUCAGAAUGUGUUAGAAGUUGAAAAAGAAAUGAAUAAAACGCUUCCUGAAUGGACACAAAGUGUUCUUAUACCCGGAGGACCGUUCGAGAAACUGGCUGAAUCCUGGCUGGUUAUUACCUCUGCAACAACCGAAUUGAAAAGACUGAAAUCUGGUUUUCUGCUUCGAGAGAUUAUGGAUCGUUUCAAAAGUAAAACUCUUUCAACUCUAUCACCGGAUCGCUCCUUUUGGCUCUAUUCGGCCCACGAUGUCACAAUCACUGGGAUAUUGAACAGUCUUGGUGUUUUCCACAAUGUACAUAUACCACCGUAUGCAUCGAGCCUGCUUUGUGAGCUGUACAAAUCCAACGAUAGUUUCUAUAUUCAAUUAUUCUACAGAAAAUCAAAUGAAGAAAAUCCAACGCCACUGAAUAUUCCAAAUUGCGGCACAAAAUGUCCCAUCGAUAAAUUUUAUGAAUUAUUUGAUGACAUUUUACCAACCGAUUUCGAAACAGAAUGUCUGCCAUCAAACGAAAAGACUUCGAUUUUGGCCGGUACAGAACUAUCGAUCAUGCGGCCAAUAAUGUACUGGAUAGUAUUUUUGCUUUGUCUUUUUGAAUUCGCCAAUUGUAGUGGAGUGAAUAAAACUGAAAAUGAAUUGAUAUUUUCUCAAAUUAUAUUUCGGCAUGGUGAUCGUAAUAUUCAAUUCACAUACAAAAAUGAUCCAUACAAAGACAAAGUAAAUUGGCCUGAAGGUUUCGCGCAGCUUACGAAUUUAGGUAAACAGCGUGCAUUCGAGCUUGGUCAAUAUUUUCGGCGAAGAUAUGAACAAUUACUCGGAGAUGGUUCUUAUCAUCCGGAUAAAGUAUACACCCUAUCGUCUGCUUUCGAUCGCACUAUAAAUUCCGCUUCGUUAGUUCUAUCAGGCCUAUUCCCUCCACAGGAUAAUCAAAUCUGGAAUAAAAACUUACUAUGGCAACCCAUUCCUGUAUAUUCUAUACCAACCGCACAAGAUAAUUUUUUGAUUUUCUCAAAGGGUGUAUGUCCUCGGUAUGAAAAUGUACUGAAAGAAUACCAACAAACAGCUGAAAUUAAAGAAAUAUUGGACCAACACCAGGAGUUACUUCAAUACUUGGAAACACAUGCUGGACAACCGAUACGCAAUUUGGAACAGGUUAAAAAUCUUUGGGGCACUUUGAACGUUGAACAUAUGAUGAACAAAACAUUACCCGAAUGGACGCAAAAACUAUUCAUACCUGGCGGAGAUUUUAAUUACUUGAAUGAUUACUGGUAUAAAAUACUCAGCAAUACUGCUGAACUUAAGAAGUUGAGGCCGGGAUUUCUUCUUAAAGAAAUACUAGAACGUUUUCAAAAUAAAACUCGUUCAACCUUGACACCAGACCUCUUAUUAUAUAUGUAUAGCGGUCAUGAGACAACAUUAGUCACUAUGUUAAAUUCUCUUGGACUUUUUGAGGGUCAAAUUCCACCGUAUUCAUCAUGUCUUCUGUUUGAAUUGUAUAAGUCGAGUGAUGAUUAUUAUGUUCAAUUAUUCUACAGAAAAUCAAAUGAAGAAAAUCCAGUGCCAUUGAAUUUUCCAAAUUGUGGCACAAAGUGCUCGUUAGAUCGUUUAUUCGAAUUAUACAGAGACAUUUUGCCAUCUGAUCCCGAAACCGAAUGUAAACUGCAAAAUGAGCAGUAAUCAUAAAUAUAAAGUGUAUUAUUAAAGAGAAAGGAACAAGUGAAGUCGAAUUUCUAGUCUCUUUUACUAGCAUUAAUAUGCACAUUUAAAGUUGACAGAAAAGUCACUUUUUUACCAACUCUGUUGAAAGAAACCCUCAAACAGCAUUCAAAAAUAAACAACUAUGAAACAAUGGUAAAA